GCCUCCGGGCGACCGUCACUUCCUGCUUGGCCUGGUGAAGGCCCUGCCGGGCGUCGGGGACUUCGUCCGCGUCCGAGCCAUGGUGGCUCUUGAGAACCCGGAGGGCGGCCGGGAGGCAGCGAAUGCGGAGAGCGCCCCGGGUGGGCUGCGGCUGCUGCCUCUUCCAGGCUGUCUGCCCACUCUAGCCAGCUCCCAGGUGAAGAGACUCUCAGCUUCCAAGCGGAAACAACACUUCAUCAACCAGGCUGUGAGGAACUCAGACCUCGUGCCCAAGGCUAAGGGGCGGAAGAGCCUCCAGCGCCUGGAGAACACACAGUACCUCUUGACCCUGUUGGAGACAGAAGGAGGCCCGCCUAGCCUGGAAGAUGGGGACCUGGCACCCCCUGCAGCACCAGGCAUCUUCGCAGAGGCCUGUAACAAUGCGACCUAUGUGGAAGUCUGGAAUGACUUUAUGAACCGUUCUGGGGAAGAGCAAGAACGGGUUCUCCGUUACCUAGAGGAUGAGAGCAAGAGCAAGGCUCGCCGGAGGGGUCCUGCCCGGGGGGAGGAUCGACAGAGAGGUGGGCAUGGACUGGGGGCUCCUACCACAGCUGCUCCACAUGGGGCUCUUGCAGAGGACCCGGCCUACACACCCCGUGAAUGUUUCCAGCGCAUCAGUCGGCGGCUAAGAGCCGUCCUCAAGCGGAGACGCAUCCCCAUGGAAGUGCUAGAGACCUGGGAGGAGCGGCUGCUGAGGUUCUUCUCUGUGUCCCCCCAGGCUGUGUACACAGCCAUGCUGGACAACAGCUUUGAGAGGCUCCUGCUCCAUGCUGUCUGCCAGUACAUGGACCUCAUCUCAGCCAGUGCAGACUUGGAAGGCAGGCGACAGAUGAAAGUCAGUAAUCGUCACCUGGACUUUUGGCCGCCAGGGCUCCUCCUCUCUGCCUACCUGGAGCAGCACAGCUGAUGGCCUCCAUGCCCCUACCUGAUGCCACAUAUGGCUCCAAGACUUCUGAUACCUUCUGCUAAAUUAUCUUUAAUAUUUUUAGAAUUCUUCCUUGGAAACUUGCUCUUUCCCUUGGGGUGGUCUCGCUCACCUUUGCUCCCUCCUCACCCAGCUCUCUGCCAUAAACAGUGCUGGUGGCUGGGACUACCCAGACCAUCUUAGCUGUUAGCACCCUGCUCUGGGACUUCUAUUUGCGUGGGGAGACCUGACCUUAGCACUUUUGUGUUUUUUCUUUGUUUAACUUUUUUUGCCCAGUCUGAAGCUCAAGUGAGGAGGGAGAGGCUGGUUUGUUUUUUUUUUUAAUCACUUUUAAUGAAUUUGGUAUGAUUUGUUGUAGAUUUUUAAAUUUCUCUUUUGGAGAGAAAAACCAAAAACUUUCCCCAUCUGGUAAAUUGUGGGACUUGGUUCCAGCCCUUGUUCCACCUCUACCAGUUUUUAGGUUGAAUGGUAGUGGUAGUGGGGUGUCUCUGGGACCCUGCCAUUCACCCCAAAGGCAUUUUGUCUUUGUGUGUGUGUGUGUGUGUCUGUGUGUAUGUGUGUGUGCAUGUACCUUGUGACCCAGGAUAGAAGCUGCGUCUUAAGGGCUGGUUUUACCCUCUCUUUGUUCUGUUGUCCUUCUUCACCCCCGGCCUUUGGCAGCUCUCGGGGUCCUGCCUGCUCUUCACGUCUUUCCUACUUUUCUCCCCGUCCCUGUUUUCUGGGGGUCCAGGACUUCCAGCCAGAAGCCUCUGCCUUCAGACAACCCCACUUGUCCUGUAUACCCUUCGCACCCCCAGCCUGGCGCUAGCCUAGUGGCUUGGGCUGCUCCCAUGGUGGUCCCUUGGUCUGGGGGAAGUCUCCCCCACCUCAUGUGUGAGUAGCUGUGCUUUGGGAGAACAUGGAAUGUCCAAUAAAUUUCUGGUGCUCUGGCCUUGGGCUAUGUGGGUUUUUGUUUGGGGCAAGGCUGGGGUAGGUCCUGGUCACUGAGGGCUGCAGGUAUGUGCCCCCUGCCUGUUGGGCCCCUCUUGGGUAUCUGGGUUUAAACUCUGGCUGUGCUUCAUGCCUGCUGUGGGGCCUUAGAUGAGUGUCCUGGGGCUGCUGUAACAAAGCACUACAAACUGGGGAGUUAAAACAGGCUCUCACAGUGCUGAAGGCCAGAAUUCUGAAAUCCAGGUGUGUACAGGGCUGCACUCCCUCCAACUGCUCUGGUCCCCGGUGGGUGUCCCUUGGCUUGUAGCCACAUGGCUUCAGCCUCUGCCUCUGUGUUCAUGUAGACUUCCUCCCUGUGCCUGUCUUCACAUCAUCUUCUCCUUGUGUGCAUCUGUCUCUGUGCCCAAAUCCCUUUUUAUAAGGACUCCAGUCAUAUUGGAUAAGAGCCCAUAUUGGAUGAGAGCCUCAUUUUAACUUGAUGACCUUUGCAAAGACCUUAUUUCCAAAUAAUUGCACAUUCUUGGGUGUACAGGGGGUUAGGAAUUCAAGGAAUCUUUUUUGGAAGACCCAAUACAACCCAUAGCCACUUAACCUAUCUGUGCCUCAGUUUCCCCAUGUGAAAGGUGGGUCAGCAGGAGGGAUGAACAAGACCAAUGCUACCAAAUCCUGGCUCUCAUUCACAGAAACACAUUUAGCUUCACUUAUGGCUCAUUACACUGUAUUUGACUCA